AUGUCUAGCGAAAUCGGUCAACAAGCUUAUCAACCACCUUCAACAAUUGUAUCAGCUGGAAUAGCCACUCCCGUCUCACCAAGCAAUUAUGGAGUAAAUGAUCAUAUGAAGGUACAACUUUUAGUAAGAGCUUAUCAAGUUUGUGGGCAUCAUUUUGCAAAAUUAGAUCCUCUAGGCAUUAUGGAUGCUGACUCUACGUUUCCAAAAGAACUUGAUCCAAGUCAUUAUGGCUUUACUAAAGAUCUUAAUAGGCAAUUUUCAUUGGGACCUGGAAUCUUAACUCAAUUUUCUAAGUUUUUUCGAGAAAAAAAGACACUUAAAGAGAUUGUUGAAUAUUGUAAAUGGAUUUAUU